GAGGAAGCCAUCUUGAAAUUACAUACGCCUUGUUUCCAUUCACUUCAUACGAUAGAAGCGUAUUUAUAAGAGACUAUUUUCAUUACUGGUUGUCUAACUUACUACACACAAGACAUAGGUGAUUGGGAAUUGACAUGACAACAAUGAAUCCCGAAUAUGAUUACCUUUUCAAGCUAUUAUUGAUUGGAGACUCUGGCGUUGGAAAAUCCUGUUUACUGCUAAGGUUUGCUGACGAUACGUACACAGAAAGCUACAUCAGCACAAUUGGAGUCGACUUCAAAAUACGAACAAUAGAAUUAGACGGAAAGACGAUAAAGCUGCAGAUUUGGGACACGGCGGGUCAGGAGCGGUUCCGUACAAUCACUUCCAGCUACUACCGCGGCGCGCAUGGAAUCAUCGUUGUCUACGACGUCACGGACCAGGAGUCGUUUAACAAUGUAAAACAGUGGUUACAAGAAAUCGACCGCUAUGCCUGUGACACUGUGAACAAAUUGCUCGUUGGCAACAAAUGUGACCUGACCACCAAAAAAGUCGUCGAUUACACAACAGCCAAGGAAUAUUCCGACCAGCUGGGGAUCCCUUUUCUGGAGACUAGCGCUAAGAACUCUACAAACGUUGAGCAGGCCUUCAUGACGAUGGCAGCAGAGAUCAAGAAUCGCAUGGGCCCCGUCGCGUCGCCGGCCGACGGCAAGCAGAACGUCAGGAUCAACUCCAGUACGCCCGUCAAGCAGUCUGGAGGCGGGUGCUGCUAGGUACCGCUGUAUGUCUGUCUGUCGCGCUCUCACGCCGUCGUCGUCGUCGUCGUCGUAGCGAACACCGUGUCACGCAUCACAUCGCACGGGGGGAGGGGGGGUGGAUUCGGUCACGCCAUCCCUCCCCCUCUCUCUUUCUCUCCCUCUCGCGCUCUCUCUU